CGGAUGCGGGCGGCGCGGAGGCGGAUGCGGAGCGGGGAAGUUCCAGGAGCACCGAGCAUGGUUGAGAACUCCCCGGCCCCGCUGCCAGAAAGGGCGAUCUAUGGAUUUGCGCUUUUUUUGGGCUCGUGGUUUGGCUUCAUUUUGUACCUUAUCUGGGCUUAUAUUCCUGAGACUUGGCUGUUCUCCCUGGGACUGACAUACUGGCCUCAAAAAUACUGGGCAGUUGCUCUGCCAGUUUACCUCCUGGUGGCUGUGGGAAUUGGUUAUAUUUUGCUUUUUGGGAUUAACAUGAUGAGCACAGCUCCACUCAACUCCACUCACACCAUCACAGAUAAUUUUGCAAAAAGGCAGCAGCAGAAGAAAUUCCAAGAGGAGGCAAUUCCAGCACUGAGGGAUAUUCCCAUCAGUGAAGUCAACAGGAUGUUUUUCCUCCCUGAAAAAGGGAUCUGCAAUAGCAGAUAGUUGUUAUUAAAAUUAAAAUUUUUAUUAUAUAGUUGUUAUUAAAAUCUGUUUGAACAAAGGAUUAAUAAAACUUACAGAGGGACACUUAAAACCUCUCCAAACUAAAAUAAAAACUCUUUCAGCUUUUUCCUCCCUGAAUUUCUAAUUUAUUAUUAUUAUUGUUAUUAUUAUUAUUAUUAUGCAUUUUAAUGACCUGCAUUGCUCUGAGAAUUGUGCCCCAAUAAUUUAUUUGGUUAUUCUUUAAAAAUUAAAAAGUGGGUUUAAAAGUGUUCUGUCACUUGCAGCUUUCUGCUUGCAAUUCCCCUCUGAGAGGGGAAAAAGCAGCUUUUUUUAAAAAAAAAAGCUUUUUUAAAAUUCUUUUUCUCUUUAAAUUCAGGGAGAGAAAAAGUGGUUUGCCAGUCAAACACUUGAGGAUCUUUCUUUAAUUAUUAAUUGGAAGUGUUUGCAUUGUAAAUACAUUAUUUGCCUUUGUAAAUAUGAAUCAGAUGUGGCUGAUUUUUCCAUGCUCACCAUUUUCCUGUGCUUCUGGGAGGUUUCUCCUGGGUUAAGGUGUACAAUGCUCCAUUUUCCUUCACACAAUUCAUAUUUACUGAGCUACCAAAAAUAAUUAAGGUGGGUGAAGAUUUGCUGAA